GGAAACGGCCGCUUUUUCCCUUUCCUCCAUUGGACUGAGCCGCUGUCAGUCGGUUCUCCUCACGCUGAACACCGUCCGCCUCUCCGGCUAUCUGGCUGCUGAGACCGCCGUCAUAUUGGCUGCUAGAAGCAGCAGAGACCACGGCAGAAAAGAAGACCCCCACCAUGAUGAAGAACGGGUUUUCGCGGCACUUAAAGAAUGAUUUAGCUUUUUAAAUAAUUUUUAUUACUAUUUAACCAAUUAAUUUUAAAGUAUUCGGGAUGUUACCAUCAAGAAUCCAAGUACCUUUAGUGCUUUCAUCCGACACCGUGGUCCGCAAGGGGGAUGUAUGCCUGACUUCUCUUAAUAGCCAUUUUUUGGAGACAAAGAGAGCUUUUGAAUAGGGCUUUCGAAAGGCGCAAGGGUCCCAGGGGCUCCUUUUGAUGAAGAAAGUGGGCAACAUGUGGAGCAACCUGAAGAGCAAAUGCCAGACACUCUUUCACAACAACAGUUCAGGACCCAGUGAUAGCAGGGUUGAGGCCGAUGCCGUCCACUGUGUGUUGGAUCUUGGCCAAGGAGGCAGCUCAGGUGAGGUUCAGGCAUCGAGAGCCUCCAGCCCAUCACGGAGCCUCCUGCCAGUGCCGGUGGUAACAGCAGGGCGGCGCCAUCAUAACUGUGUGUCGGACAUCCCUCAGAUAGUAGAGAUCUCUAUCGACAAGGACACUGAGGAUGUGCGGGGGGGACCAGGGGGUGUCCCCCUGGCUCGGAGAGACUCCUAUUCCCGUCAUGCUCCAUGGGGGGGCAAGAAAAAACACUCAUGUUCCACCAAAACCCAGAGUUCUCUGGAAGCAGAUAGGCGGUCUGGGCGCUUACGGGGCAGUGGGAACCGUAGGGACAGGCGUUAUGGAGUCGGCUCCAUCCAGGAGAUGAGUGACUCUGUAUCUGGAGGACGCAGUCUGAAUGCUCGGUCUUUGCGCCAGCGGCUAAGUGAUACAGUAGGGCUCUGCUUACCCCUUCCCGCUCGCAGACGCUCCCGUUCAUCCAAGAACCCUGUCACCUCCAAACGUAAGAUUCACUUGACAGAGCUCAUGCUGGAGACCUGCCCCUUCCCACCAGGCUCAGACCUCGCACACAAGUGGCACUUGAUCAAGCAACACACAGCACCGGUCAGCCCGCAUUCCUCCACUGCCCUGCUGGAUGCCUUUGACCCAGCCCACCCCUCUCCUGAGGAUGAGGAGGAACGUCUGCGUGAGCGCCGCAGACUUAGCAUCGAGGAAGGUGUGGACCCACCACCUAAUGCACAGAUCCACACCCUGGAGGCCUCAGUGCCGGGCUCCUCUCUCUACAAACUGGGACCAAAGAUGGCUCCUGGCAUGGGAGAGGCCUCUGGGGAAGGCCGGGCCUCAGGGGCUGGCACCUCUGUGAGUGCUGGAUCAUCAGGGGCCUGUGGGCAGGUGUUGGGGGCUGCAGCAUCAGCCCAGGACUGUGACUCUGAGGAGGAUUCAACCACCCUUUGUCUGCAGGCCAGGAGGCCUAAGCAGAGGCACGCCUCUGGGGACAGUCACCUGAGCCGACAGCAACCUGGGCCCUGGAAGGUUCACACCCAGAUAGACUACAUCCACUGCCUGGUGCCGGACCUAUUGCAGAUCACAGCUCUGCCCUGCUACUGGGGCGUGAUGGACCGCUACGAGGCAGAGGCGUUGCUGGAUGGACGACCAGAGGGCACCUUCCUGCUGCGUGACUCAGCCCAGGAGGACUACCUCUUCUCCGUUAGCUUCCGCCGUUACAACCGCUCACUGCACGCCCGCAUUGAGCAGUGGAACCACAACUUCAGCUUUGACGCUCAUGAUCCCUGUGUUUUCCACUCUUCCACCGUCACAGGACUGCUGGAGCACUAUAAGGACCCCAGCGCCUGCAUGUUUUUCGAACCGCUGCUUACAGCGCCUCUCCAUCGGACCUUUCCCUUUGGCUUGCAGCACCUGGCACGAGCUGCCAUCUGCCGCUGGACCACUUACGAUGGUAUAGGCUCUCUGCCCCUGCCCCCUGCUCUGCAGGACUUCCUCAAGGAGUAUCACUAUAAACAGAAAGUACGAGUUCGCUGGCUGGAGAGGGAACCACCACUCAAGGUCAAAUAGGGUGGCCUUCUCCAUUGCCUGUACACACACUGCAGGAGGAUUACAGAACUUGAGAAAUUCCUCAUUAGCCAAUUAGAAGCUAUACUGACAUGGCUCUCUUUCUGGUGGGGGAUGGAAUUUAAAUGUAACAAGCUAUACAAGAUUCAUUCUAAUCUUUGUUUUAGUUAUUACUUACAUCACAGAAAAUACAUAUGAUUAUAUUCAGUAUAAUGCUGUCUGGCAAGCACAUGUUUUUGUGUUGAGCAGGUUGUUUUGACAGGGAGGGAAGGCACAAAUAUCAGUGCUUUGUGUCUUUGCUCUCCUGCUUUGUGCUAAAUGUCUGCCUGAUCCCACGACAUCACCCUGCCUGUAGACCUGCCUGCAUGCCUCCCUUUUUCAUCCCAAAUUGCUAUUUAGACCCACAUGGCUACAUUGUACAGUUCACUUUGUGCUCUCCCUCUCUUUUUUUUUUCUUCCUUAGCUUGUCAAAGCACCAAGUAAGCACCUUCCCAAGAGGGUAUUAAGGUGUGUGUGUGUGUGUGUGGGUUGAGAGGGCAACUGGAGGUGCUAUUGGUAUAUUGCAGUCAGAGCUUGUCCCAUGGAUAGAGCUACAUAAGGCACAUUCUUUGCCAUCUCUUUGCACAGAUAAGCAUGAGCUUAGCCAGAAACAGGGACAGAUUCUGGGAGGGUCCACAGAGUUCAGGACAGUGCAUCAGGGAAAUGACACGCUUUCUAAGGACUAUAGAUUAGUCCUUAAAAAACUCCUUUAGCAGUAAUGGUGAAUGAUGAACAAUUAAUCGGUCUACUGUGUGCUAUUUAGUGAGCAAGCUAAAUUUGUCAACUUUAUUCCCGCUGUGCGGAGUUGCUUUUAAAUAGGAGGGACAUAUUGUAAGGAAAUAUUCUGACAAUUCUUGCCUUUGCUACAGUUGUCAAAGCAGUCUGUCAGGUCUUCACUGGCCACAGGCACGUAAGCUCUGUGCACAAUAUUGUGCAUGUAUGCACACAGUUAAUUUCUUUCUGUAUGAAAUGUAGCACCUAUGGUCACAUUUGAGCAGAGUGUCUUUAAGAAAGUGUGUUAUGGCUUUAUUGUGUUUAGUUUUGCAACAGCUUCCUGAAGUUAACAUAUUUUCGUGGCAUCUGGCAUACAGAAAGCUUCAACCCUGUGUAUCCUAGUCAAUUAUUUUUCUUCACUUGACACUUGAAACACUGGUGCAUAUAGCUUUGCACUUCAGUUACAGUAAGGAAUACUAACACGUGUUUUCAGAAGAAUUGAGGGAACAUGUGACAAGUGCUAGGUGAAGACAAACAAUUAAAAUUCAAAAUGUCCCUUAAAACAUGAUCUGCUCAUACCAGUGAGGCUUGUUCGGGUAUGGAUGGUUUCAUGGGAGACCCCAUGAAACCAUCAAAUAUCAUGGGAAGACAGCUAACCUCACACGAUACAUAGACUAAACAAGAAUCUGCUUUUUAAAAUAGUGAAUUGCAAUUCCCUUAUUGCAGUACCCUUUUCCUCCUUAAUUUAUAUUUCUUUUAUGGAACCAUGUGAAAAUGUGUUGCGUUGUUUUUGUGAACAGCACUGUGUCACCAAUGGGAGGCGAUUAUAGCCAAAAUCUUCUAUCAUGGUAUAUGUAAUUUUAUUUCACAGUUAACAGAUAUAGUAGCUGUUCUGUAAUUUCAAUUAAGAAAUGGUUUAAAAUAACCAUACCUUACCACACUUCAUCACAUUUGAUUAUUUUCUUUUAUUUACAAACCAAAACAGCUGCCUCAUGUGAGACAAGACUUGAGUUAAAAACAACAGACUCCAAACAGGACUAACAUUUUUUCAGAAUGGAAACUUUAAGGUUCCGAAUGAGAACAGUUAUUUCGAGUGGUACAGGUUCUAAUGUUAACAGGCACCACUAAAUACCAGUCAGACUUCAGACCAGUCAGUGCAAUAGAAAAAUCAUGUUAUUGCAGUUUCACUCUCCUCUUCGUUUAUGCUCUUCCUCAGCAGCGGUUGCCAAAUCACGUUACCUUGUGAGGCAGCCGGAUUCACGCGAUCACACGAGAAUCCAGCCCCGAUUUGCUAUAUAGUUUGCCCCAAAUCUAUAGCAGAGACAUUAAGGGACAGUUCCUGCGGUAGAGACAGUAUUGGCAAAUCUCUACCAGUGGACACAUUUCUACCGACACAGUAUAUACCAUGAUAUUGUCAACAAAUACCCUCAUAGCCCAGUUACAUUUCUAGUCAUAGUCAUACUGUGCAGGCACCACUCAACCCUCGCGAAGUUGGGAUGUCAUUGAGAGUUUUAGUUAUGGAAUCUGAAUGAUUUUAGUUGUGUGAACUGGGACAAAGACACUGCUGGCUAGUAUGUCAUUUCUGUCGUGCUCUCAUUUUGAAGAGAAAACAAGUGUAACCUAUGUGCCUUUUUAGAAAAAUAUGUAUCUUGUUCCAUAAUCAAUCUGUAGUCCUGGAGCAAGUGGUGCAGUCUACACAGUCUACUCAGAUAACAUCAAAUGAGAUUGAAGACAAUAAUAAUGAUGCUCUAAGCUCACUUAGUGAUGGUGCACGUUAAAGUUUUUGUAACAGAUACAAUUGUAGUGGUGCUAUGUUGAUUAAGCUAUGACAGCUAUUACUGAAAUGAUAGGUUGUACAUAAGUUACAUCUGUUCUCGCUCACUAAUGCAUGCAUUAGUCUCUUGCCACAUUAUGGCCUGUAUGGUAGUAUUAGCUUGUUAGUGGGUCCAAUGUCAGCCCUACUGUAGCAUAUUUCAGUACAAGAUGCCAGUGUCCAGCCCUCACAUGUAUAGGAUCACACAGAUCCUAAUGAGAGGACACGAAGGUUAAUUUUUCACUGUGAGCAUUUUGAUCUGAAUAAUCAAACUUCCAAUUACUUAGCCCAAGUUUUAGCCAUCAGCAACAGUUUUUAAACUAAUUCAUCAUCAACACUGUUUGUUCUGACGUUUAAUUAGUAGUAAAUACACACUGCCUGGCUUUAAGAAAAAAAAGAAAAUCGUUAAACUUCUAAUAAAACGUGUGCAAUUGACUGGGAGGAUGAAAUAGGGGGUGACUCCCCUGGGGCAUUUAAAGAAAACAAUUUCUAGCAAAUAUAGUUACUAGGAAAGUAUGUUGAUGACCCCACAGGUAAUAUGUUAAAGCUGAAGCACGCAUAAAAUCAUGUUAAUCUGUAAAAUUCUAACCCGUUCAGAUUUUAGUUUGUAUGUGCGCUCAUGUUUCUAUCAGCCCGCACAUAUGUUAAAGUUUAUUGUAGCUCUCAUCAGAGAGGAUGAAUCCUGAGCAAAUGUCAAUGGGUUUCUUUGCCCAUUGGUAUCUGUAUCUGUGACCAAAGCUCUUGUGCACAGCUAUCUGUAAUAACUCGUAGGCUGAAGCAUUUAAAUGUGCUUAGUGGUGUGAAAAUAAAGCUAAAUUAUAUUUCAGAUUUACAAACGAGUAAAAGUCAGUUCCAUAAGACAGUAUGUUAGACUGCUCUUCUUUGUUAAUGUAUUCAUAGGGGAGAACCUGGCCCAGUCAAGCUCACACCUACACCCUGAAAUUCUGCCAAAUCUGUAUCCUAUUUUCAGUUUUUCCAAUCUCUACUGCAUUGUGAAUAGAUGUACCAAACAUUUCCUCACAAAAAAGGUCCCAAACAUUUCCCAUGGCCCCGCACUUUGUUCUCAGAAUGCUGGAAUAGGCAUGUUAAUCACCUCUAUGUGUCAGAGGGUGAGUGUUAAGCACAGGGGAAUAAGGUUGACAGUUGAGUUGCUUGUAUGUGCACUUUUAUGUUUCAGGAUUUUUAGCAUCCACACUGUCAAAGAGAAGAAAUGUAUAUGAAAACCCACACACAACAUACUAUCUUGCUCACUGUUACCUGUCUAUCAUGUUACUUCCUAGCAAUAGCAGUACAACUCAUUACAGUGCCCCACCCUACUUGCAGGCACUAAUCACAGGCUAAUCUUACCAUGUUGGGAUAUAAAUUUACUGGGUACUGAAAGGGCCACUCUGUGUUGCCUUAUGGCUGCUGUGUGGCUGAGGGAGGCCUUUUUUGUUAUUAUAUCCAACUGCUCUCUCUCCAUCUGGCCACAUCCCUAACAUCCCUGUGCUGAUGUGGAGGUGACUGUGGUGUAGAGUGAACUAAGGCCUGUUUGUCCUACCCUCUACUCUCUAUCCAACCCUGUUAGGGCGACGCAAGACUGAAGUUAACCUAAAGUAUCAGGAGGAGCAGAGAUGGAGCUGGCUCACUGAGAGCCCUGGCCUCCUGUUGUGGCAACAGCGUGCUAACAGAGAGGGCUGGGGAUUUACUGAAGUAAAUAGCACUUUAAUUGUGUAUUUGUGUUCUACAGUGCAGUUUGCAAGUAUUAGGACAGUGACAUGUUUUUUUGUUGUUGUUGUGUUUGCUCUGUACUUCAGCAUAUUGGAUUUGAAAUGACAGUUGGGCUUAGUGACAACUUUGCAUCCAUAUUGGAUGAACAUGGUAGGAGUUGUACCGCUUUGUGUAGAAAGGCCCCCACUUUUGACAUUGUACAAUUUUAUCAAACUCAAGUCAUCAUAUUUAGUAUUAGAACAUUUUUUGCAAUCAGUCACUGCUGAAUUCUGUGCCGUGCUCAUGUUUUAUGAGCAGGCUCUUUGUGGUGAAGGCCUGUAACUGUCAUCAUCUUUAUUCUUGCUUGUUUUGGUAGUUUGUUUUUUUUCUUCAGUCUGGUCAAGUGAAACAUCCUCAGUUGAACUGAGGUCACUUGACUUGACUGUCAUUGGUUGCCUUGUCUAUAUGUCAAGGAUCAUUGUUUGCCUGCUUUGACCUAAAAUUGAGGCAUUGCAUAUCAAAAGUUACAAUUCCCACUUUAUCCAUCCAAUCUGGAUUUCAACACUCAAACAUACUAAAAGCUGAGAUUUAGCACUUUAACCUUAUAGUCAUAGUUUCAUCACCAAUAUGCUGCACUGUAGAGCCAAAACAACUGCAAAUUUCCUCCUGUCCAAAUAUUUCUGGACAGCACUGUUUGUGUUUUUGCUCAAGAUGGCGAGCCUUGUGUGAGUGUUAAGUAAAAGCAGACAGUCCUGAAAUAUUUCACUUGUAUUCAGGCGAUGUAAGCUGUGUUGAUGGAGUUGUAUUCUCCACCAUGGUGCAGACUCGGUGCGUGCGUGUGUGCUGCGUGGGAGGAAAUUAGUGUAUGGACAGAGCCACAUGCAGGGUUCCAGUGGAGGGGAUGCAGAGUCGACUGUGAGGAGUAAUGACAGGGACUCCUAUGAACAAUGCCUCUUUGCCCCCGUCCCACCCUCCCCAUCCCCCUUAAUCUCAGGCAGGCCCAUUGCAAGGAGAGUCCCAGGACCCUCUCAACCCAGUUUUCCCCAUGGGAAAUAUCUGACAUUAACCGUAGCACAUGUUUGCCAUAUAACCCGUAGAUUUAGGAGAAAAAAAACCUGUUGUAUGUAUGAUAAAUGAUGGAGUUAUAUAAUAGGAGCCUGAUGAAAAGAAGUUUUAUUCUUCUGUGGUGCAUUAACUGUCUGAUCCACACAUACAUUUGCACACGCUUGCUAUCACACUUCUUUGGACACCUGCACUACCCCAGGUAUUCACACACAUCCACACCCUCCCACCACCCCGCCCUAAGCCAGGGAUGUGUAAACAUGGACCACAUUUAGCCAGCACCACCUUUCUGUGUGACUCCCCCAAAAAAAGGGAAAGCAAAGAUGGGUGUCUACGUGUAUAUUCUAUGUUCUUAAGAAAAACAAAUUGCCGUGAAUUGAACUAUUUUGACCUUAUAUUGUCAUUAGUAUGACACUAUUUAGCUGCACUAUGAGAGCCUCCUUUGUGGCAAGAAACCACUGAGUCUGGUCUGGAUGAGAUGCAGGCUGGUUGUGUUGCUAGCUGUCCCAUUGAACUACAGCAACACCACUGGAUAAAAGACUCCCACCCCCCACCUCGGUACGACUCAUGGUUUUAGCUCUUAGAGGACAAACAAAACAAAAAAAAUCUAUUUUAAACAUUUUUGUUUCAUGUUCCCAUAUAUAUUUUAGAAAGCUGGGUUAAGUGCUAUAUGCAAACAGAAAAAGAUGUAUGAAAGAAUUAUUAUUUUUCAUUAUUACUUCUCCCUAAUAUGCAAUGGAGUGUAGUGUAACAAUGGUUGCAAUCCUCUGUCACUUUAAUGCUGUAUGUGCACAUUGGUUGCUGUGUGGAUGUGGGUGCCGAGGCAACAGGACUUGACAAUGAUGGGAACUAAUGGUUGUCACUCUGCAGCGCCACUGUGUUCCCAGACUGCCUUAUUCGUUCUGACCAAUCACAAGAGCCCUUUAAAACCCGGGCGCAGCCACUGCCACAGGCUGACCAAGCUGUCGUCAGACGAAUAUUGCUGUUCCAUUUUCUUCUGCUUUUCCUCGCUUUUUCUUUUCUUUCCUUUCCUUUUUUUUUUCUUCUUGCUGUCAGGUAGGAUUUGGAGCGUGUAAAUGGCAUAAUCAUGUUCACAUUUCACUGUCUGUUCUGUGUAUCUGCUUCACCAUUCAAAGAGAAAAAAAACAGUUGUUUUCCAGUAUAACCUGUUCAUUUUUAAGAGCCGUAUGAUGCGACACUUGUAGCUGUCACUCUUGGUGCUUGGCUUAUGCUUCAUUGUCUUAAUAUUCCAAAUAAAACUGUUAAGUGUAAUCCACACUGGCCCAUGA